UGUUUGAAGAAGAAAAGAAUAGGGUUUUAUUUUUCUUUGUUCUAAGGGAGUGUGUCCCAACAAGAGAAGGAGAGAACAAGAAAAGAGGAAAGAUGAGUAAAGAAUCAAGACCGGUGCCGAGGAGAGAGAGUCCAUGGGGAAUCACUGGAGACAAUCAUCCUGAACCCAAAGCUCACCGUUGCAACGACCGUGUUGAGGAUGUUAUCCAGGCUUGCUUUGAGGGAAACCCAUUCAAGACUGUUCCGGGACCUUUCAAGCUCUUCUGGCAGUGCAUGCGUUCAAAACCUGGUGAGGAACCUACAGAACCAUAUACUUAUCUAGAUUUUGAUCCUCCAAAGAGAGAGGCGAAUCUUGAGAAACCUGAUCAGUAGUGCCACUUUUAUUUACAACUGCCUUAACAGCUUUGGCACAAGAUGGUCUUGUAGUGGUUUUCAAAAUUUCCUUCCUUGUGGAUGUUUUAUGAGAAGGAAAUAUGUAACUAAAUUGUUUUUGUUUCUUACAAUAAAACAGACGUCCUAUGCCUUAUUACUUAAUAAGAAAUCAUGGCUAGUUGCGUUCUUGAAUAA